AUGCAUAAUAGCGCUUCAUCCGUCGGGAGCGAGCCUUGGGUGGAGUGGUACUGCCGCUCCAACCCCUUCUACGUGGAGGUAGAUGACGACUAUAUCCGGGACGAUUUCAACCUUACCGGCCUAGCCACGGUAGUCCCCCAUUACCGGCAAGCACUGGACGUUAUAUUGGACAAUGACUUCGACGAUUCAGUGACGGAUGAUUCUGCUUCUGAACACUCAUAUACAUCCAUGAAUAAGGCAGCAAGUCUGCUGUAUGGGCUAAUUCACGCCAGGUUCAUCAUCACCAACGCGUAG